AUGGAUUCAAUACAAAACGACCAGCAACAUCAGAAAGAAAACUCGGGAAGCAAUGACCAGAAUGGUAGCACGCAGAUAGCUAGUGGUCAGAGCAGUUUCAGACCGAUUGUGCCAGGACCUUCAUUCCCUAAUAAAGGGAGGACGCCUGCUGAACUGAGACGGACUUUGGGGCCGGGAUGGAAGAGAGUAUCUACGGCGUGUUUGGCGUGUAAAAAAUCGAAACGAAAGUGCUCAGGGACGCCUCCAUGCGAUAAUUGUCGUUCUCUUCACAGAGAAUGCAUAUUCGACGAAUCACUCGAUCAACGACGGCGUGUAGCUGCUAAAAGAACGGCCGAGGAGUUGGAAUAUCAUCGUGACAUGCUCAAUGAUCUGUUCAAAGUGAUCCGAACUGCAGACGAGAAACAAGCUCAAAGGUUAUUGGAAAUCAUACGAAGCGACGGGACUCCGGAAGAAAUUCGAGUGUUUAUAGAUGAAGUCCUGGUCCAGCUACAAACAUUUGAACCACCAAGUAAAACCAAACGAGACACAGCAACACAGCUCAACGAACUCCGCAAUCGCGCUAAUAUGCAAGGAUCAGCACCGUCAUUUAGGCGCCAAGUUAUGGAUGUCAACUUCCUGUGUGUUAUCCCGCCUAUCCAGGUCCCGGCAAGUCCUUGGACGACUGUAACAGACGACGAAGCCUUUGUAUCGCAUCUGGUUUCGCUGUAUUUCACGUGGGACUACCCAUUUUAUUCCUUUCUAGAUUUGAAUGUGUUGAUCGAUCAGAUGAGAUCGCGAGAUCUUAAUUCCGAGUUUUGUUCGCAAUUCUUGGUGAAUGCCUUGUUAGCGCAUGCUUGUAGCUACUCGGAAUAUUCCGAAGCAUACGGCAUACCCGGUGAUGUUGCCAGCAAAGGAGCCAAAUUCCUAAAAGAAGCAGAGAAAUGUCUAAGGCAGCGACGGGACGAUGUGGGCUUUUCCACGUUACAAGGGACAAUGAUUUUGUAUGAAAGAUAUUCAAUGACCGGUCAGGAUGACCUAGGCUAUACUAUGCUGCACAAAGCCAUUGAUAUCGCAGACAGACUGGGGUAUAUAGGUGGCGAAGGACAAACUAUUGAUCUUAGCAAUAAAUCCCAGGAUUUUUACAACUCGUCGGUGAAAACAGUUUGGGGUUUAUUUCAGCUUGACACCGUUGCUCAUACCGGGUUCCUCAAACCCUGUCGCAUCAAAAACGUCCGCCUUUCCAGAACACCUGCUCUUAGCAUCGAGCGAGAUGCAGAUUGUUGGACAACUUACCCAUCUCAAAAGCCGCCCCGGAAAGGUUUCUUUGUCACAUACUUUGACAAAGCGUGUACACUGAGCGAGAUAGCAAGAGACAUUUCGAUAACACUUUUUGCGGAUGAAAUUGACGACGAUAAGGAGCGUCUUUCUGCUGCCGUAAACUCGUUGUAUACGAGGAUGAAAAAGUGGCAUGAAAGUCUGCCGGAAGAGUUUCACAUGUCGAAGAAACCAGCUCCUCAUAUACUGCUCCUUCACAUACGAUAUCACACCAUGCUUAUCAGCAUGUUCAACUGUCCUCGUGGGCAUAACGAUCAGCACAAACAAACAGACAUAGGAACACCAAGAAAUGCGCCAAAAUCUCCGAUGCCCGAAGGUGGAGAAGAUCCAGCAUCAAUAGCGACUCAAUCCGCGCGCGCAAUCGCCAAACUCAUCCGGGUUCAUCAGGAGGAAUAUGGAAUCAGUAGAUCACACGUCUUUGCAUUAUACGCGGUGAAUCUCGCAUUGUUCCUCCUAUUAGAGUUUGAUGUGUUUGAUAUCUCGGACCCAGAUUGCAUUUCGUUAACAUCUGCGUUUGCCAUUAUCACCACGAGGUCGAUACUUGGGCGUGAGGUACAAUCUAUUUUCCGUCGGUCGGUGAGUAAGUCGGCGAAGGACGGUGAGUCGAAAUGGGAACAGCUACCUGAGGGCUUGAGGGAGAUGCUCGAAGACGAUUCAGAUGAUUCCUCCGAUUCCGAGAGUUACCAUAACGAUGAACAUGAGCAUGAUAGUGUCAGCGGCGGACCAAACCACGAGGGUAAUAAUACAUCGAUCACGACCACACUAGUAAUGCCGAUAGAGGAAGAGGAUAAACAAACCCAAAAACCGAAAAAAGGACGAGGUCCUCAAGAAGGGUCAGAGAGGUUAUGUGAGAUGUUGUGUCGAUAUGAAACGAUGACGUUGGGACGGGAUGACCAUGUUACUGGGAAGAAGUAG